AUGGCACCCUACUGCGAAGACGCGCCAGACUACGUCAACGUCUUCCUCCACUGCGAGCGAUGUGACCUUCACGCGAUACUGACUACCGUGGGCUUCGCGGGCCUCCUCACGUUCGGCGUCUUCGUGUCGCGCUACCUCCGCUACCGCGCCUGGUGGUGGGGCCUACACCUUCUUGCACAGGCGGUCGGUUUGGCGUUCGUGCUGUCCGGCACUGUAGUGGCCAUCCGCUUCAUGGGCGGCGUCCUGCCCGAGAGCAAGGGCGGACCCAGCGACACGUAUGUGGGCUACGUGACAGUGGGAUUCCUCGUGGUCCAGACCAUCCUCGGCCUAUGCACCUACUUCAAGCGCAAGGUCGAGGGCCAGCGCAUCCCUGCCUUCCCCGACAGAAUCCACUGGGCGUUGAACUGGCUCACCCUCAUCCUGGCGUACACCACCAUCUUCACCGGCUUGUGGGUGAUGGUCCUGCCCUGGUACUACAAGGUCAUCUUCGGCGCCUACACGGCCUGUGUGGUGCUCUUCUCGCUCUUCCUGGACAUCGCCACCUAUACCGACCUCAGAGUGGUGCGCGAGGAGCUCAUCAUGGAGCCCGAAGUGGAGUCCCAGGUGUGGGGCGAUCGCGGUCGUAUCAUCAAGCAGGAUCACGUUGUCCAACGCGACGCCCGCGUGGAAACUCAGGAGUCGCAGCCGCUCCUCUCCUAG